GUGAAAAGGAUGAGAAGAAGGGGUUAGCUAAAAAGAAGAGUCAUUGGAGUCGCCCGUGGUUAACUCAUGCUUCAGUGUUGCAUUCUGGAGAUUAUUAUUUGUUUGAGUCGGAUAGCGAGGAAGAUGAGGAGUCCACUUUGGAAGAUCAGAAACCACCCAAGCAGAGUGCCUUCCAGUUGGCGUAUCACGCCUGGGUCACUAAUGCCAAGUCAGCUCUGAAGGAGAGGAAGAGACAGCAGCAGCAGCAGCAGCGAAGGGUUGAAGCAGAAAAGAUGGGAGAAGAGAAGAAAGGAGCAGCUACACCAGGGGCGCAAGCGCUGACUGGCAGCCAGGAGAUAUCCGAAGACGCAGCUGAGGAAGAGGAGUUACUGGAGAGGGAACAAGGGAGAAGCAAUGUUGUGCAGCGCAUACUUGAUAUUUUGAAGUUCCUUUGGGUCCUCUUUCUUGCCAUGUUGGAUGGACUGAUAGACUGGCUGGGCGCUCUCACCAAGCAGUAUGUGGAUAUGUCCACCGUCUUGUGGGUUGAGCGAUACAUUUUAACGCAAAAACUAUCAAAGGGGGAGGAUGUGAGCCGAAAAGAUCCAGUUUCUCUCUAUGAGACUGGGCAGGACACAAGGGAACCUGACACUACCACCUUACCCUCACCACCAGCUUUGAGUAAGGGAGUUGACUCUCAGACCAGCAUGGGAUCCAGUGGAUGCGAGGUAGAAGAGGAGGGGCUCAGCAGUGCGCCAGAGUGUGCCGACAUAAUCACCCCGCUCAGCACUGGAUACAACACACGCUCUAACAGCAUGGAGCAGGUCUCCGGGGGCUGGGAGGAGACCGCCUCAGGGAAAGGCUCUCAGGAGAUACAGCCGACAAAGCGUUCUCGCACGGCUAGCGAGUUAUUACUCUGCAGGCCGCUCACCUUUCCUGAAGUGUCCGAGUCACAGCACUUCUUCAGGUCACAGAGCCGCCCGCUCAGGCUGCUGUUUGCGUUCUACCACUUGGUGGCCGCCCACUCUGAUUUGCUCUGUUACUUCAUCAUCAUCCUCAACAAUAUGGUGAGCGCCUCGCUCAUCUCGCUCUUCCUCCCCAUCCUCGUCUUCCUAUGGGCAAUGCUGUCUAUCCACCGGCCUAGCAAGCGCUUUUGGAUGACGGCCAUCAUUUUCACAGAGAUAAUGGUGGUGAUUAAAUACCUCUGUCAGUUUGGGUUCUUCCCGUGGAAUAGUGACACCGUACUUGUGCGCUACGAGGGGAAACCAUUCUUCCCUCCUCGCAUCCUCGGGCUGGAGAAGAGCGACUCCUAUAUCAAAUAUGAUCUGAUCCAGCUGCUGACACUCUUCUUCCACCGUUCUCUGCUCAUGAGCUAUGGACUGUGGGAUCGGAAGGAUAUGGACCCUGUACAGAAACCUCUGAAAGAAGAGAAGCAGAAUGAGCCUGAAAUCCUGUUAUCUGGAGAUGGAGACUCCAAGGGAAGCAGCAGCUCAUUGCGCCGCCGUAAGAGGGGGGCAUCUCAGACAAGCGAGACGGACAGCGUCCUAGAUGCAGGAAAGGAGAAGCCACGAGAUUCGGAGAAGAAGAAGAAGCAGCCUGCCGCAGUCAGGAUGAAGAUGAUUGGGAUGAAGAUUGAAUUUGUGUCUAUCCGCAUUGCACAGGGAGUGUACAAACCCGUCAGAGGAUUCUUCCAUGACAUCCUGCACACGCCGUACCGCGCAGCAACAGACGUCUACGCCCUGAUGUUCCUUGCCGAUGUGGUAGACUUCGUUAUCAUUGUCUUUGGGUUCUGGGCGUUUGGGAAACACUCAGCAGCUGCAGAUAUAACCUCAUCACUUUCCGACGACCAGGUGCCCGAGGCCUUCCUGGUGAUGCUCCUUAUCCAGUUCUCCACCAUGGUGAUCGAUCGUGCUCUGUACUUGCGGAAGACUGUGCUUGGGAAGAUGAUUUUCCAGGUGAUACUGGUCAUCGGCAUUCAUGUCUGGAUGUUCUUCAUUCUGCCAGCAGUGACCGAAAGGAUGUUCAGCCAGAACACUGUUGCUCAGCUAUGGUAUUUCGUAAAGUGCAUCUACUUUGCCCUGUCCGCCUACCAGAUCCGCUGUGGCUAUCCGACCCGCAUUCUGGGCAACUUCCUGACCAAGAAGUACAACCACGUCAACCUCUUCCUCUUCCAGGGCUUCCGUCUGGUGCCCUUCCUGGUGGAGCUGCGGGCCGUCAUGGACUGGGUGUGGACUGAUACCACCCUCUCUUUAUCCAACUGGAUGUGUGUAGAGGACAUUUACGCUAAUAUCUUUAUUAUUAAAUGUAGCCGGGAAACUGAAAAGAAAUACCCGCAGCCCAAAGGGCAGAAGAAGAAGAAGAUGGUGAAGUAUGGUAUGGGCGGCCUGAUCAUCGUCUUCCUGAUCUGCAUCAUCUGGUUCCCCCUGCUCUUCAUGUCUUUGGUGCGCUCCGUUGUGGGAGUGGUCAACCAUCCAAUUGAUGUGACUGUUACAGUAAAACUUGGAGGGUACGAGCCCCUGUUCACCAUGAGCGCUCAACAGCAAUCCAUACAGCCCUUCACCCUGCAGGAAUACGAGGAGCUCACCUAUGAGUUUGAGAGACAGCCGACUGCCAUGCAGUUCAUUACCCUGUACAGUUAUGAGGACAUUGUGACCGCGCGAAUAGAGGGGAACUCGGGCUCUGUGUGGGGGAUCAGUCCUCCGAGCCGUGAGCAGAUGAGGAAGGAGCUGCAGAAUGGAUCAUCGGAUAUCACGCUUCGUUUAACCUGGAACUUCCAGAG